CGAGAAUGUCUUGAUCACCCUAUGUCUCCAAAAAUCAGCCAGAGAGGAACCAGCAUACCCAAAAGCAUCUCCCUAGGCAUUUGAAGUUGAAGACGAGGUAUGGCAGGUAGCGCCUUUCAUCCACAAGCUUGAUUGCUAUUCUCUCCAAGGAGCUCCUCGGAACAGCUUGCGUGCAGUUGCUUUUUUCCAAUCACCACAUACACGCUCAAGCCCGACAAGUGUUGCAAAGUACUGCAGCCUUGCCCAUGUCCGUAGAGGAUGGAGCCCGAGCUGCAGCAGUGGAUAUGCGGAACAGUUAUUGUGGAAGCGAAGAAGCUUUUACUUGAUUCGACGCAGAAUUCUUUCCAGGAUACCACUAAGGGCCAUGAUAAUGCUAUGCGAGUGCAUCUAUCUGGCACAAGAGCAGUGCAAAUUAUUGAUUUUAAUGGUCAACGGAAGGCACCUUUUACCAACAUUUCGGUCUCGGACGUGUCCUGUCAAAUCCGUGCGAGUUUAUCGGAAGCUGCAAGAAAACAGUUCGAGAAUAGGUACGACCGGCGCUUACCACAUAGAACUGUUGGGGCCAUUUUCGAGAUUGGCGGGUGUUAUUUGAUAUUCAAAUCGAAAGUAAAAGGUGUCCCACAAGUGACACUCAGUAUUGAUAGUCUUGUUUUGAAAGGUGGCGAGGGUUCAUCUAACCGUGGUUUUCCGGUACCGAUUGAGGAAAUUGAAGAUGUCCAACAGCUGAUGACACGAAUGAAGAAUACAGUGCCUCCGCAGGAGGCUUUGGUCAGAAGCCGUUAUAAAUGCACCUCCCCUAUACGUUCUCUGGCCGAGAUCCCCUCGGGAGAUGAAAUGGGGAGUCCAAAUGGACAACUUGCAACGCAGGCUCCAGUAGCCCCGGAAAUUUAUGAUAAACACAGCAAAGUCACAAAGAAGUCGGCACCUUCGUCAAGGAAUCUGAAGGCGGUUAACCUACGCGGGAAUCAACUACUCGGGCUAAUAGGGAAAAACAAAAAAUCCAACACUCCAUCUUCAAAUUUGAUGGGUGGGAUACCUGAGUCACGCCGUCCUAUUUCGCUGUCAGAUAAUAAGCGGGCGGCAGCCAUUGAAGGUGGUGCAGGAGAAAGCAAUGAACGAAAGUUCCUCCGAUUAACAGGCCGCGGGAACGGCGCUAUACGUAUGCCGGUUGGUGAGAAUAAGGGUAGCGGCAAGCCGAUAGUACCCUCAAAGCAAGGACUUCCUGGCGAGAACCCCCGGGUGGGUUCGCAAAGUACCAACGACCGUGGAAGUAAUGCUGGAACUCCUCUUGUUGAUCCAUUACGACUCAUCACGUCACAUUCAGAAAAAGAGCUGCCAAGGCCAAUUAGGGAUAUCGGGUUAAACUCGCGACCGACGAAUAAGCCAACAUUCAAUUCCUUCCAAGAGAACCCCUGGGGAAAGUUGAACCGAAUCCCCCUCAAGCAUGUCAUAAUACCCAAAAAGCAGCUUGUGAAGCUCUCCACCGCGGCGUCGUGGGUCACCUCCGUAGCGGAUAUCGAAUCAUUGCAUAUAAGUCUCCAAUCUGAUAUACCUGACAGCUUCAUGCCCUCUACCCUCGAGCAUGUAGUGGGUACUGUCGACCAAAUUAUUACUACGCCAGGCCAUACAUUUGAAGCGAAGGAAAGUGGCACAAAUAAACGUAGCCUCAACGAUGGUUCUUCCCGUGAGGUUGAGGUGUCAAGCCCACGAAAUAAUUAUCAUGAGAGCCAACGGGCUGAAAAUCUCAGCGACAACAUUCGCCGUACCACAUCCCAAAAAGAUCCGGUUGUUAUACUGGACGCGGUUGGGGCAGAAGAAGAUGAUGCCGUGUCGUGGGCACCAACUUCAAGGGCAUCAUCAAUGGGCCCUAUCCCGAAAAAUGAAAACGAACCAUUAAUCAUGUCAGCUUUUCCGCCGCCUCAUUCAAAUACACAUUCGCUCCAGGCUACGAACCAAGUCCCUGCGCCAAGCAGCCCAGAUAGUUCACCCAGUCGAAAGCUAAAUAUGGACAGUAAUGUUCAUUUAUCAUCGAUAUUACCAAGUCUCUCAGAUUCAUCGGAUAUUAAGUUCGAUAAUGGGACGGAUUUGAAAGACGGAGGUGGAUCAUUAACCAACAACGUCCAUUCUAGUAUACCUCACUCAGAAGAUGAUAUGGAGCAGAGCGUACCAUAUGCUAUUGGUGAUGUCAUUCAGUCUUCCGAUGAUAUCUACUUGUCUCGCAUCCCAGCUUCUGCUAUAACGGUGUCCUCAACGAGGUCGCAGCAGUCUCCAGUCCUGCAGAUUGAAAGAACUCCUUAUAGUCGUUUGCAGAAAGACCAGCCUUCCUUACCAGAGGCACGUUUUCUAGGGUCACCCUUGGAACCAAAAAAGCCAAUGCCGAGUCCUCACAGCUCGGCUGGUUCUAUAAUCUUGGGGACUUUCAACUGGGAUGCAAGCAAGGAUGAUGAUACCCCAGGGCACUUCUCGACGCAUGACAAAUUACAACAAGGCCACGACAAAGACCGUCGGGCUAGUGAUGUUACUCCGGAACCCAGUGCAGGAAAGGUUGCUGGGCGAUCGGAGUGUCUUUCAACGCCGGUGCUUGAUCAUCCACCGAUAUCCAUCGACGCUGGCGGAGAACGAGAACUAUGUGGUGAAAACCGCAACGGGAGUGGAUUUAACCAAAACGAAGUCACAUUUCGACAUAGUUCUCAGCCAAAAUCGACACAAGACGUAAAGUCCUCGGUGGGUAUUGACGCUGAGAAGCUAUCAGAACCCGCGAAACCGUUGGGAUCUGAAUCUCCGGUUUAUAAUGUACUCCCUUCUCUUCCAUCCAUCACCUCUCCGACAUCGAAGAAAAUCGCCAAAUCAUACAUAACUAGACGCGAAAGGAAGAGACAGAGGGAGGAGUCGGGGAUGCAAUUUUCAUAGUUAUGUUUGGCCCUAAGCCAUGAUACCUCCUCUUUAUCUGGCCUAGCUCGUUAAGCCACGAUGGUGGCGUCCUGGGAUGAUACUGGGACGCCUCUAUUACAUAGUUAAUUGGAUACUUGGGGUCCUUUACUGAUGUACAAUAUUAUUUUACCUUAAAUCGUCGCUGGUAGCCGUUCGAUCAAUUUGUUAACGUAGUGUAAUAAGAAAAUGCUGACUGCCCUGGUGCCUCUGGGGCUCUGUAGCCAGUGCGGUUUGGUGACCGCCUGCGUUUGCAGGUUGCAAGGCAGAGGCGCGGAUGGCACUAGUCUUCAUGGAGCGGUGUAAAAAAGUAGAUAGGUGAUCUCUGCAUAAGCAGACCAA